UUUCAUUAUCGCUGAACUCAAGAAGUGCAAAAUGGAGCUACCGCCCCUUGAUUAUCAUCUGCUUGCACAAACUGUGCUGUAUUUUGUCAUUGCACUGAUUGGCAUGAUUACUGCAGUACCUAUAGGUGUAACAACGACAAAUUUUCAAGGAGAGUGCUUAUUAUAUGGCAAAGUUGUCUGGAACUCGACCCAGUUCACACCUUCUCUGACUGUUGGUGGUGUCUGUCACUUUUUGGUGGUUUAUUUUGUGGUGGCUAUCAUACUAUAUGGUAUUGCAGUAGGUCUGUAUGGUGUGUAUGCCUUGUGCCAGAGGGACAAAGACAUAGGGUCUCAGAUGUGGGUGUGGCCCUUUGCUCUGAUCAACUCGGUUCUUACCAUCCUAACGUUUAUCGUGUCCUGCAUUGUUAGUGUGGGCUUUUAUCAGUUUUGUGGAACCUUUCGUAAAGGAAAGGACAGUGGUGCCAAUGUAAAAAGUUGUGUUGAUGGACAGAAAAGUGACUGGGCAGCCAGUUGGAAUUCUGCAGGGAAAAAUGUUUAUUUUGGGACUUACUUCAACUUUUUCACUACUGCACAAACAGCAUCAUGGGUUUGUUUUCUUGUACUGGCAGCACAGCUAGUGUUAUGCAUUUUGAGGAUUGUUCGUAACAGGAGGGCACGUGCAGCAGAGGGAAGCUACAUCGAGUCAGAUGUCUCAGACAAACGUACUAUUGUGGACAGUGAGGCAAGACCCAUAUAGCUGAGACUGGUGAUAUUGGUGCAAAUAGGAUUGUAGUUAAUUGUACCACCAGCAUGAGUGCUGGGGUUAGCUUGGUUUUUACCUCCAAACCAUUGCAUCUGAUGCUUAUUGUUGGUUGAUACAAGUCACUGUUAAGUGUAACAGCAUCUCCUCAUGGACUACUGAGGCAUCCUCAUUAUAUGGAAAAAAGGUCACAUAAUGAUUUUAUCUCAACUUGCAGCUGCAAAGUUUUGGGGUCAGUCAGUGCAUUUGCAUACUAGUGGGUGUGACAUUUGUUGCAAUGCACCUUUGUUAAAUAUUUUUAAUCAAAUGUGAAAUAUCUCCCAAGCAUAAGGAAAUGUGGGAAAAUUUACUGAAGAAGACAAAACUGAUUUCAAAGGUGUAGGUUUUGAAAUUGAUGUUGCAUUAUUUUGAACCUUGUCCUUUUUUGAGGGUCAGUUAAAGGGAUAAUAACUCUUCGUAUGAUAUCUAUAUUUCACAAUAAAAACAUUGUGAACAACUCAUAGAA